AUGUCUGCUGUUCUGGAUGACUACGAAAAUGCCCUUUGGAAUAAUAACUUCUACUCGCUGCUGAGUGUCAUCUCACAGCUGCUGCUGUCCCACCACAUAGUGAAUUUGAAGCGGACGGUCAAUAUUCCCAACCUGAUGCUGACGACUCUGGUCAGCGCCGGUCUUUUGGAUCCCACUGAUGCUGCAUCGGUGGGGAGCCACACCUCCACUAAGAAAACGUCGUUAAUGCGAGUAUCUCCGUCCAUGAAAGCACUUGAGAGCGUGUUGAACGAAAAACUGCCAGGCCGGGCAUCCCCAGAUGUGAUUCUAGAAGAGGAACCCGAACCUGAACUUGAGCUUGAGCUCGAACCAGAGACCCCACAGAAAAAUCCAGUUGUUCUGAGUCUAACCCCGGGCACCUCGAUCUACAGCAGUGGGCACGGUAACCCCACCAGCUCUGUCCAGACGUUCCAUACCGCCAAGUCGUCUGAUACCAUCGGAAGCGUGCCUGGAAGUGGGCAAUUGUACAAGCCACCCACACACAGUUCUCAGCACCGGAACUCGUCUUCCAUCAGUACCAUCGGGGAGUCCGGCUACUCUUCCAACGAUAGCACGCCAAGACUCAAUGAGCCUGCAGCGUUCUACACGGUGAAACACACCAGCAAGGACUUUUCGCCUCACUUGAAGUCGUUGACCAACUCUUUUCCGGAAAAGGAAGUGGACAGCGGUGACACCAAGGUGCACGACUCGGAACAGGAGCUAGAGGAGACUCUUCUUGAUGAAGACGACAGGACAAGUAAUCUGGACCAGAACACCUUGAUGGGUCAACCCAAGAAGAAGCCUGUGGCUUCCUUGUUGGAUCCAGUUCCGCAAACUCCACCAACUAAUGCGGAAGCCAAGCAACAUCAGUUGCCUCAACAGGUCCUGAAGGAAGGUAAUGAAAAGGACCUCAAAACCAAUGGAAAGGAACUGGUCUCCGAAAACAAGCCAGAUAAAGUUGGGCACGUAUCACAUACACCGGUUAAGUCUAUGCUAGAUGCAGCAGACUCACCACAACUCGAAGAGCCAUUCCGGCCAACACCAGGGCUCCGUGCCUCGGAGAGAUCUAGACUGAAGUCUCAGUCGUCAGCAUUUGCUACUCCACGCUCGCAGAUUACCAAAGCGUCACCUUUCAACAAUACUGUUGGUCAAAGUCCAACUAUAAGCCUUCACAAGAGAAGUAAUACAAUGAGUGACAUCGCGGGAUUGAAAAAGGGCACCUCUUCGUCGGUAUCUUCGUCUGCUGCCAACUCAACUUCCACGUCUGCGUCGACCGUGGCAUCUACAACAAACCCCCAGACAUCUAAAAGAUUUAGUUUACGUGGAAUGUUCAAGUUUAAGUCGAAGAACCACUCUCUUGAUAAGCUAGGAGGUGUGAAGGAAGACAUGGAGCCUAGUAGACCAUCAAAGAUUACAGGCAAAUCGUUCUCCACACCAAAUUUUGCAGAUUUCAAGAUGUCAAAGGGUAAGGGCGAAAAACUUGAAAAAGCAGCCGACAAACCAGCGAAACUGGAAAAGAAAAAGGAAUCACGAAAGAGUUUCUUCCAUGGGAGAAGAAAGAGUGAGGUUGAAUUGACCGCCUAUAAAGUUGACGAGCCCAAGCCAAAGGCACAGAAGUCUCUGGGGGCCGCACAUCAGUCUGGUCAUAGUUCUGAUGCAGCCAAUCAAUGGCCUGUCAAACAGGCACAGAUCUCUGUGCCACCCAAGAGGGCCGCCGCUCCAGUGCAAGCUCAGACUUCACCAACAUCGUCAUCACCUCCUCAACUGGAUCUUCCUCCGUAUCCUUCGACCAUCCUUCAAGAGCGUGCUCCUAGAACUCCAGCCACAUUGGACAGUGCAGCCAGUCAAUUCACGCCUGUCACUGCUGACUUGAAUCCUAACACAAUUAGGGAGGUUGAUGACCUGGACUACCUGCCUGCGUUUGACCAAACAGACGAGUUUGAAAGUGAGGUCGAGACUGGAAGAAACGAUUACACGAAUGCAGCAAAAAGUACCAAACAAAAUCUGAAGAAUCUUAAUCAUAAGGUGGAUGCUGGUGAAAAGGGACGUGCUCUCGAUGGGCAUUUCCGAGAUGCCGGUCAAGAGAUCCAACCAGAAGCUUCACAAUUGUUCGAUUCCCCAAAGAGGAGAAGUGACGGAAGUUUCGGCGAGGAACUCUCGCUCGAGCCACUUUCACCAAGUAUGCUUCGCAUGCCUCUUGAUCCAAAGCAUGUUUCCACCAUUUUCGGCUCGCCCUUUGCAGUUUCAUACUCGCCUUCCAGCGCACGAAGCCCAAGAAUCGUGCAUCCAAACCAAAAAUUUGAAACCACUCCAAACGUGACGCUCUCACCGCCAUUAGAUAACCUCAGAUCGCAAUCGCCAAAACCGAACGAUCUGCUUAUUGGCGAAGCACUUUUCCCCAAGUCGUUGAGUGCUCACGAGGUUGAAAGUAUCGUGUCCUUGGAGCGCUCCCGGUCCAUGAGAUCAAUCAAAUCCAAUGGCAAACGAAGCUCGUUCAUUAACUACGCCGGUUCAGAUGAGAACAUUGUUCUUGGAGACAACGUGCUAGGCCUUUCAUCUGGCAGUCUUGCUCGUUCAGGAAGUGUUCGUAGGUCGGGCAGCAUUUUGAAGAACUCUCUGUCUUCGCAAAGCUUGAAGCCAGAACCGAUUCAACUGUUGGAUGCAGCCAUGGAUGCACAAGAAAAGAAUGUUGAAAAAAAGAGUUUUGAAGAACAGACCGUGGCUGAGAAAAAUGUUGGGGACAACAAUAGUGACUUUAACAUUGACGAGUCAAUUCAUGACUUCAUUGAAUUUUCGGACUUCAUCGACGUGGACAAUCUCGACUUCUCAACAUCUCCUACACAAUUAUCUCGUUCGCCAGCUCUUGAGGAGCUGCCAUUUUCGGCCGUCCAAGUUGAUUUUGGUGAUAACCUCGAGCUGGAAGCUCCAGUUCACCAGCCUACAAUCGCAGACACCAUCGCAGAUAUCAGUGCAGACUUACAACCGGAAGUGCCUCCACUUUCCGAGGAGACUGCCCUCCGUCCCGAUGUUGUUAUUGUUAAUUCCGAAACCAGUCUGGAUGAGGAUCCACAGACUCCCCCACGCGUGCCGGAGAGUCCUCGCCAGGAUUCUCUCAAGUCGCCAAUUUUAGAUGCGGCCUACAAUAUGGCGAUUAACCAGACAAGAGACAGUCCCAGCUCGGCUGCCAGACCCGUUUCCAUGUCGUUUAAGGGCUUCAGCGGGUCAGCUUUCAAGAAUCAACAGGUUGUCCAAUCAGGAUCACACCAACUGGUCCAUCUCUACAACGACUCAUCCAACGAAUCCCUGGCCGUUGGAAAAGGGUUUGGCUCUUCUGAAGAGGAGUCUGACGACGAAGAUAAUUUCAGUUUUGACGAUGAAAACGCUAAUCAAAUUACAACUCGCCAGUCUCAAGUGUCUGCUUCUCCUGUUCUCAAACAGAACGAGACAGUUACCAAUAAGAGACAAUCAACUCAGCCAUCCAACAAGUUCUUGAGUCUUCACCCACCACCAGGACCUUUCCACCACGAUCGCAUUCCUUCGCUCAGCGACCACAGUACAACCUCAAGCCCAAGACUGUUGACAUCGUUCAUUUCCCGCAUCAAGAAGUCGCCCAUGGGCUCGCCCAAGAUUGCUUUUGCACCAAAGGCUAGUGUUCGUUUUUCGUCCCGAAUCGUUCUUUACGAUACCUAUAACGGAGACGAGUACGACAGACAUCCCGACAUUGCCACAUGUAACCAAUUGACGCCUACGUUGGCACAACAGAUCAAAGAUGAGUUGAAUGAGUUCAAGGCUGGGAUGCAUAUUCACCGGGACAGUCAAUGCUAUACGCAUUUCUUCUAA